AUGGAUGACAAGCUAGACCUGAGUCACAAAACAAGACCGGAAUACAUGCCUACGUAUAGACUACAGCCAGUAGACGGGACCCGGUUUAAUGUCACUGAAGUCGAAGAGCUAACGAUGAAAGUAUUGACUGAAAAGCUUUCGAAAAUUCAGUAUGAACCAACAAGGUCGAAAAAACUGAUUUGUGAGAUUGCUAAUGAAAUCAGAGAAAAACUGAAGAAGAUGAAAAUGAGAAGAUACAAGUAUGUUGUUGUUGUUCAGCUUGGAAGUAUGGAUGGUCAGGAAGUGAGUAUUGCCAGCCGUUGUGUUUGGGCAGAUAAAACAGAUAAUUUUGCUACGGCUUCAUUCCAAAAUAGUUAUUUAUUUGGCGUUGCAACAGUUUACGGGUUAUACUACGAAUGA